UUAAAUAUGAACGAUUUUGGGCACAUCGAUAUGUUGAACACUGAUUCCUCGCAUAUGUCAGGUGAUACUGGCUUUAGUGAAUUAUUGCGAUCAGCAGAACAAUUGUCUGCUGCCGUUGAAGGAACCGAAGAACUCCCUCAGGUUGAGAGAAAUCUUCGUCAAAUAUUAGAUGCCUCCAACGAACUCUGGUCUCGUGUCACGCAGACCGGCACACAGGACAAUGAAGUUCAGGCGCACCUUUUGCUUGGAUCUCGAGGUGUUGAUUUACCUCAAAUAUCACAGAAGUUAAAUUCACUUAGUGCAAGACGUACAUUUGAACCUUUAGAUCCUAUUGCAGACACAGAUAUAGUGAGUUACCUUAGAAAUGAAAAGGAAAAUGCUAUUUUGUCAAUCAUUGAACAAGUUCACAAAGAUACAUUCGAACUUACCAGAGUUCAGCAAAUGGAACAUAUGUUGGGAGAAUGGAAACAAAUGCGAUUUGAGAUAAUAAAUGCUAUGACAGCUCCAUCAGGGGAGUUAGUAGAUUUACGUGGUACUCCCCAACGUACUAAGCUAGCUGGAUCAAUGGUCAGUGGUUUAUCCAAUGUGGAGGUAGCUUAUGUUAAGGAAUUACAAAAUUACAAUGACCAUGUACUCAGAGGAAUAACUAGACCAAGCUUAUUUAAUGCAUUUUGUAAAGCUGCUGAGUCAUUCAAUGAUAAAAAAAUUGUAGAUCUGUGGCAAAUGGUUAAGUACAUGGUGGACAUACCACCAAUUCCAAGGGAAGAUCAAAUUAAAUCUAGGAGUACUCCUAUUGUUGAGAAGAGAAUUGUAUUGCAAGCUAGAAAAUAUUUGGAAAAUAGAUACAGAGAUUUUAUGACCUCUGUCAUUAGUGAAAACUUGGCACAGGCAAAGAGGGGUGGCAUCCCAGGCACUGUGCCAUUAGUUAAAAGUUUCGUAAGCGUGAAAGUACAAAAUCUAAGAGAUUUAGAAGAUGUUGUGGUAGCAGACAAGCCAUUAUGGCCUUUAGUUUAUUAUUGUAUGAGAGUCGGCGAUUACAAAGCUGCAUUGCAGUGCCUUAACCAGUGCAAUGCAGAAUUUCCAGAGUUUAAAACUGCUUUAGAAGAAGCUUGCAAUGAUCCAGAGAAACAUCCCAGCAGUUAUGCAGAAUCAAAUCUGAAACUGCAUUACAGAAAACAUGUUAGAUCCGUUACAGAUCCAUAUAAAAGAGUUGCAUACUGUGCAUUGGUUCCAUGUGAAACUGAGGAUUUGCAUGCUGAUGUGAUUUGCACAGCGGAUGAUUAUUUAUGGCUAAAAUUGUGUCAAGUUAGAGAUCAACCAGAUUCCGAAAAUAAAUUGACAUUAGAUUAUUUACAGACCACAAUAUCAGAAAUAUAUGGGGAAUCCUAUUAUCAUGCACAUGAGCAGCCAUUCGUCUAUUUUUCAAUGCUAUUUUUGACUGGUCAGUUCGAAGCUGCAAUUGAAUUUCUAGCAAGAGGCGCAGGAGCAAGGCUCUUACCGCAUGCAGUGCAUUUAGCGGCAGCCAUGCACGAACAUAAUUUAUUAGGUGUAAGUCAGAGUGUUUUAGCGCCUCUUCUAAGCGUUGAUCCUGCGGACAAACCACCAGCGAAAAGAUUAAACUUCGCUAGAUUGAUAUUAUUAUACGUUAAGAGGUUUGAUUCCACCGAUCCAAAAGAAUGCUUGCACUAUUUAUUCCUAUUAAGGAACAUGAAAGAUCCACAUGAUCGCAAUAUGUUCGCUGCAUCAACCGCAGAAAUGGUAGUUGACGCUUCACUCGCGAACAGAACUCAAUUAGUCGGAAAAAUUGACAAGGAUCGUUGGAUUCCUGGAGUCUUAGAUCAAUUCCAAAUUAACACGCAAGACGUGAUAAAUAUAAGCGCAGAUACAUUAUAUAGGAAAGGUCUCUUAGAAGAUGCUGUAACAAUGUACGAUCUAGCUGGUAAUCACGAGAAGGUUCUUAGUUUACUGUGCACACUCUUGGCUCAAGUAGUUAGUCAAAAUUCUUCGGCAUUAAGAUCUCGAUUGCAACUUACGUCUACCGACAUAAGUACAAGGUAUCAAGGAAUCGAGAUACAAGCGCCAUCUGAAUUAGUUUCUGCUUUUCAUACUUUGAGACAUCUAAUGGUAUUCUUCGAUCAGUUUCACAAUGAACAAUAUCAAAGCGCCCUUAGGACUAUCGGAAAGUCCAAAUUGUUACCGUUACAUGUAAGAAAAGUCGAUGAGAGAGUGAAUGCUCUGCGACGCGUGUCGCCAGAAGUGGCUGGCACAUUGGCGGAUGUUCUGUUGGCAACCAUGACGAUACUCUAUCGUCAAUACCAGAAGUUACGAUCUAUGGAGCCAGGCGAUGAGGAAGCAAGAAAACAACAGCUUCUGGAUCUUCGGGAACAAGCACGCGCGUUAACAAGUUUUGCUGGAACCCUUCCAUACCGUAUGCCAAACGAAACUAACAGCAAACUUGUACAAAUGGAAAUACUUAUGUGUUGAACACUAAAUUCCUUGUGUCUCUCAUUGUUUUAUUUGAACAGAAUACUAUAAUAUAAUAUAUUAUAAUAACGCAUUGGGCAUAUUUUGUGCAGGUACUGAAUUCGCAAGGCACAAAAACUAAUCAGUGUUUUAUUUUAUCCAUGCUCAGAGUAUUAUUAGAUACUGUAUAUAUUUUUUGUACCUCCAUAACUGAAACACGAAGAGAAUUGUAAACAUAAUGAGCAUAUUGUUUUCUAAAAAUUGCAGUUGAGCAUUACAGAAUGGACAUAAUAAAUAUUUCGUAAUUUGUUCUU